AUGGACAAGCUCAAGAACGCCGCCUCAGCAGCCAAAGACAAGCUAAAAGGCGACAACACCAAAGACUCCACCACGUCCAGCUCCACAGCACCCACGACCCAGAAUGUAUCUGCCUCAAGCUCAGCAGCUAGAACACAACAGCCCUCACAAGAGCACUUCGACGCCGCCGCCACAACCCUGGACCAAAUGACCAGCAUGGCCGCCAAACCCGACGGCCACACAAAGGAGCAUCUCCACGCCGCCGCCGACCACGCCAAAAGCCAGGCCUGGUUCCAAUCCAUCUUCCCGCAGAGCAGUCUAGAAAACAUGGAGAACUCGUGGCACCUAGGGAAUUACGUGAUUGACCGACAGACGGGCCAAAAAACCUUUGAGCCAAUGUCCAUCUACGUCCGCCUAGGAAUGCACUUCCUCUACUACGGCACGGAACAAGAAAAAGCCCUCCACUGGAAACGCACCCAAGACCUGCUGAAGGACCAAUCCCUCAAAAUGGGCCGCCAAUACGACGAUCCGGCCUCCGUGGCCCACAUCGAACCCUUCAUCGACAGCUUUAACCUCCGCGGCAGCCUGGCCGAAAUGGUCCAACCGGACCCCCAAGCGUAUAGGACCUUCAACGACUUCUUCGCGCGCGAGAUCAAGGAAUCCGCGCGUCCGGUCACGGAGUCAGGCAACGAGAACGUCGUGUCCAGUCCCGCGGACUGCCGUAUCACGGUCUUCGAAACGGUGGAUCUAGCGACUAAAUACUGGAUCAAAGGCACCGGGUUCACGCUGCCCAAACUCCUUGGUUCCGAGGACCUUGCCAAAAGGUUCGAGGGAGGGAGCAUAGUGAUUGCGCGCCUGGCGCCGCAGGAUUAUCAUCGUUGGCAUGCUCCUGUCUCCGGGACGGUGGAGGGGGUGAAGGAGAUUGAGGGGACGUAUUACACGGUUAAUCCGCAGGCGAUUAAUGUGCCUGGGACGCUGGAUGUGUUUUGUGAGAAUCGCCGGAGUGUGAUGACGCUGAGGCGGAGGGGGACGGGGUCUCCCGUGGCGGUUGUGGCGGUUGGGGCGAUGUUGGUGGGGAGUAUUAAGUAUAAUGAGGGAAUUGCGCCGGGGAAGGAGGUCAGGAGGGGGCAGUGUUUGGGCGCGUUUUAUUAUGGGGGGAGUACGGUUAUUGUUGUUCUUCCGAGGGGCGAAGUGGUGUUGGAUCGGGAUUUGGUGGCGAAUUCGGCGGAGCAGAGGUGUGAGACGCUGAUUAAGGUUGGGUGGAGGGUUGGUGCUGGACCGCAGUGA